GGGCCAAGAUGGCUGCCCAGCCAGGGCCCGGAAGUGCUGCCUCCCCCGGCUGUGCCGGGGCCAUGGAGCGGGUCCUACCCAUGCUGCUGGUGCGGAUCCCUGCUGAGGAGACGGCGCAGCUGGGACCACGGGCGCAGCUGCACCGAGAGCUGGAGGCCCUGGGGAGCCUGACGGCUGCGGGCAGUCUCCAAGUGCUUUCCUUGGCGCCGGGCAGCAGGGGUGGAAGCAGCUGCUGCCUCCCAGGCCCCUUUAGGCAGUUCCUAUGGGAGGAGUCUCAGAACAGCACAUCGAGAGACAGGCCCAAGCUGCUUGUUGCCAGAGAAGAUUAUGAGCUGCUCGUAUAUGAAUUUGACUUGAGAGAUGGAAGAUGUGACGCAGCCUUAUUACACGGCUGUUGUGGGAGGACACUGCAGAAGCUCACUGAAGAUCAAGGUGUCAGUAUUUCCUUCAAGUCUUUGAGAAUUCUGUCAUUUCACAACAACACGUCAUUACUGCUCAUCAACAGAUGUCUCAUCCUACGUGUUGUGUUUCCGGGAAAAGAACCUGGGGUCCCAGUGCUGGACUGCCUCUCACUGCCCCUGCCUGCACAGGCAGUGGACACGAUCAUUGAUGCACAGCUCUGCGAGAGAUUUCUUUUUGUUCUGAGCACAGUGGGCUGGAUCUAUAUUUUUAACACUAUGGAUGGCACACAGGUAGCGCGAGUGGACCUGGCUCUUCUCAGAGAAGAUUGUGAGCAGCUGGAGCCCGCCAGCGUCUCUUCCUUUACAUCCCUGAGAGUGUCUCAGGACUUGGAUGUUCUGGUGCUUGUCAGCUCAGCCAGUACUGCAGUUGCUCUUAACCUACAUUUGUAUUUCAGGCAACAUCCAGGACACCUACUGUGUGAAGGAACACUGGAAGACCUUCCUUUUGAAGGGCCUCCAGGGAUAGAUGAAGACGACCUGGCUAACUCUGCCCACAACAUGAAACUGAGCAAGGUGUCCUUUCAAGUUGAUAGGUCCUGGAGAGCCCAGCUGUUGUCACUGAAUGAAUCAGUGAGGGGCCCUGAACCAGAGGUUUCCUGCUGUGCUCCGUGGUUCCAGAGUGCUUUGCAUUUGGAGUCCCUGGAAUCUGCUGACCACACCCCCACUGUGCCAACCCACAGUGUUUUCAUUCCCGGGGAUGUCCCCCGUGGCCGGUGUGCUUUUCCUCAGAAGGAGCACAUGAAGAGCAGUGAUCCAGGAAGGCCGUGGAAGACAAUGCACGGGAGUGAACGUGAGCAGCCCACGGAGCUCACGUGUCUGUCUGUGACGGGAUUUACUGCACUGUUUACUUGGGCAGUAGGACCGACCAGCUGCACCAUCGGCCUCUGGGACUUGGAGACCCAGGGCAUGCAUUGUUUUUCUCUCAGCCAGAAGUGUACUCCUGUAGACAUUGGCGGAGACCAGCAGCUGUGCCUUGCUUUGACAGACGAUGGUCUGUCUCUGAUUUUGUUUGGUUUAACCCAAGAGGAGUUUUUGAACAGACUAAUGAUCCACGGCAGCGCCAGCACUGUGGACUCCCUUUGUCAUCUCAACGGUUGGGGACGGUGCUCAAUCCCUAUCCACGCUCUGGAGGCUGGCAUAGAAAAUCGUCAGCUGGACACAGUAGAUUUCUUCUUGAAGAGCAAGGAAAAUCUUCUUACUCCGUCUUCACAAUCUCCUGCUCCUGAUCAGCAGCAUCCCUUUUCAUCCCAUCUGUACCUAAGGCAGGUAGAAGAGAUGAGCCCAGCCCUGGAUUUACUAUGCUCAGCAAUUAGAGAAAGUGACUCGGAAACCCAAAGCAAACAUUUUGCUGAGCAGCUGCUUCACCUCACACUGUCCUUCCUUAACAAACAGAUAAGGGAGCUUUGUGUUCACACUGAAGAGCUAGAUGAGCAUUUACAGAAAGGAGUGGCCAUUUUGACCAGCUACAUCAAUGAGCUUCGGACUUUUAUGAUAAAGUUUCCUUGGAAACCAGGAGAUGCAAUAGAUGAAUCUGAUGUAAAUGAAGGUGUCGUCACAGUGAAGGAGGACCAGGUUUGGGAGGAACUCAGCCUUGAGGAAGUUAUUGCUGAUGCCAUUUUAAAUAACAGAAUACCAGAGGCACAAACUUUCUUUAGGAUUAGUGGUCAUUCCGCUCAACGACUGGAGGAACUGGUUAGGAUCGGCCUAGAUCUGGCAUUUGACAGUUUAAAAAAGAACAACGUGGAGGAGGCCUCCAGGCUCCUGAGGAACAUGGGCUUCAGUGUGGAAGAUGAGUUGCUUAAGAUAUGCUUUUAUACAACUGAUAAAAAUAUACGGGACUUUUUGGUUGAAAUUUUAAAAGAAAAGGAAUGUUUUUCUGAAAAAGAAAGAAGAACUGUAGACUUUGUUCAUCAACUUGAAACACUUUAUUCUGGACACUUCCAGGAAAAUGCACAGACGCAGGAUUUCCCCAGGUAUUGGAUAAAGGAACAGGACUGUUUCAAACACAAAUCUGUCUUGGACACAUUCCUCAAAUAUGAUAAAAAAGAUGAGUUUCACAAACAGGACCAUAGAAUUGCGUUGAAUUGGGCUCACUGGUGGGACCUGCAAACGCAGGAGUGUAUCCUUCUCCCCAGACUAAGUCCAGAAGAGUACAAAGCACGCUCCCCGGAAGCCCUGUGGAGACGCCUCACAGCUCGCCAUGACUGGGCAAGCAUCAGCUUGUGGAUGGAAGAAUUUCAGACCCAGGGAACCGAGUCACCUCAGCAGAGCAAGUGGCCCCCUCUGAGUGCUGACAUCAUUGAGCAGGGCACUUGCUGCCACAGUCACAUGAGGAAUGAGAUUUUAGACAAGCUGGCCAGAAGUGGCAUUUUUCUUCCAUCUGAGCUGGAAGACUUUGAACGUCUCCUCCUGAGGCUGAGCAGGAUUGGGGGCGUAAUGCAGGACAGCCUCCCCGUGCAGAGCUACAAAUCCCAUGCAGGGUGCGACUUUCAUUCCCAGUUCAUCCUCUACUGUUUAGAGCAUGGCCUGCAGCAUCUUCUCUACGCCUAUCUUGACUAUUACAAACUUAGUCCUGGAAAUUGUCCUUUUUUGGAAAAGAAAGAACUACAUGAAGCUCACCCUUGGCUUGAAUUUUUGGUUCAGUGUCGGCAAGUCUCCAGUAACUUGACAGAUCCCAAACUCAUCUUUCAGGCCAGCCUUGCAAACGCUCAGAUUUUGAUUCCCACCAAUCAGGCCAGUGUGAGCAGUAUGCUGUUGGAAGGACACACCCUCCUGGCCCUUGCUACCACCAUGUAUGCUCCGGGGGGUGUCAGCCAGGUCAUUCAGAAUGAAGACAGCGAGAACUGUUUGAAGAAAGUGGACCCCCAGCUACUGAAGGUGGCCUUAACACCUUACCCAAAGCUCAAAGCUGCUCUCUUCCCACAGUACACUGCUUCCAGUAUUCUGCCCUCUGAUAUUACACUCUACCACCUCAUCCAGUCCUUGCCCCCCUUUGAUCCUAGCCGGCUGUUCGGCUGGCAGUCUGCCAACACCCUAGCUAUAGGAGCCAGUGUGAGAAGUAAUGCUUAUUUAUCUUAUAUAAUUUUGGUUUCUUUAUGUUCUAGGAUCCAGCAAGUAGGCAAGGAGGCCUAUACCUUAGGGCUCUCUUCCUUCACCAACCCUUCGGUAGGGGCUGCCUGUGUCUGCUUCUUAGAAUUGCUUGGCCUCAGCAGCCUCAAGCUCAGAGUUGACCUGAAAAUGGCAAAUGUAAUUUUGGGCUCCAAGCGUAGAGAUGAAGAUGCUCAUUCCAGCUUCAUCAGAGAGUCUCUGGCUGAGAAGCUGUCUAAGCUUGCUGACGGUGACAGAGCAGCCACAGAAGAGCUGCUCGUUCUCUUGGAGGAAGGCGUGUGGGACAGCAUUGAGCAGCAGGGCUUUAACAGGUUGUCCAGUGAGUCCAGCAGCCAGUGGGCAUUAGUGCUUCAGUUCUGUAUGCUCCAUGACAGGAAACUGAGCGUGUCCUACCUGAGAGAAUGUGCCAAAGCAAAUGACUGGCUGCAGUUCCUGGUUCACAGCCAGCUGCAUAACUACCACCCAGCAGAGGUGGAAUCUCUUCUUCAGUAUUUCAGUCCUGUCCUUCAGAGCCACUUGAAGCUGGCUUCUGAGAAACUGUCAUCAGGGUCCAUCUCUAGGGAUGACAGCUGCCUCCAGGAACUCCAGAGAAACAAAGGAGAAACAAGUGAUUUCUUUGAAAUUCUCCACCGGUGCUCGGAGGAGUCCGCCUCUUGGAGCUGGCUCCUGGCUGAGGCGGUGAGACAUCGGGCUCCCACCCUCAGUGUCCUGGCCUCGUGUAUCCAGGGUGCCAGUGUUGUCCCCUGUCUCUGUGUUUGGAUUGUCACCUCCGUGGAGGACAAGGUUGCAGCUGAAGCAAUGGGACACAUUCAGAUCUCUGUAGAGGACCAUCACUGGAGCCUGGAGGACCUGUCCAUCAUCUGGAGAACUGUAUUGACAAGACGCAAGAGCCACACUCUCAUCCGAGGUUUCCAGCUCUUCAUUAAGGAUUCCCCACUUCUAUUGAUUAUGGAGAUGUAUGAACUCUGUAUGUUCUUCAAGAAUUACGAGAAAGCCAAAGUUAAACUUUUGGAGUUCCAGAAAAGCCUUGAAACACUUGACUCAGCGGCUGCAAGGGUCCUUCCUAUCAUACCUGCCUCGUGGAUGAAGGGCCAGGUUUGUUUCCUUUUGAAACUUAUGCCGCAGCAAUGUGAGACGCAGUAUGAGCUGGGGAAACUCCUCCGACUGUUUGUUGGCACUGAGCAGCUCUUCUCUGACGGGCCAGACGUGCAGAAGCUGUGUCUCCUCAGCCAAGUGCUGAAGGACACACCUAUCGCCAUUAGCCCUGCAGUCAUUUCCAGCUACAGCACUGAGAAUUUUCAGCGGGAAUGUAGAUCGAUUUUGGAGAAGCUAAAGGCAGAUGGGCAGUUUGCUGUGGCUAGGAGAGUGGCCGAGUUAGCAGCCCUGCCUGUGGACAGCUUGCUGAUUGAACAGUUAACCCAGGAAAUGCAAACACUAACACACACUCCGCAGUGGUCCCUGAAACAAGAAAGACUUGACUUCUGGAAAAAAUGCCAUGAAAAUUUUAAGAAAAACUCCAUUUCAAAGAGAGCAGCCUCUUCCUUCUUCUCUAGCCAAGCCCCGGAGGUGAGUGAGCACCCUGCUGAACAGGGCAGCCUUGAGGAGCGCCAUCUGCUGCUCACUCUGGCGGGUCACUGGCUUGCCCAGGAAGAGCCAGUUCCCCUGGAGGAGCUGGAGGAGCUGGAGAAACGGAUUUGGAUCUGCCGCAUCGCCCAGCACACGUGUGGAGGGGCUGAAGAGGAAGCCAAGCCCAGCCCCUCUCAACACAAGUUGGCUGCUGCUGAACUUUCUUUUGAUAGCUUAGCCAGUGAGCUGUCCUUCUCCAAGCUUGCUGCUUUGAACACAUCCAAAUACUUAGGCCUUAAUGAUCUUCCAUCCAAGACAACGUGUGAGAACAGACUGAAACACAAAGAGCAGGAGUCACUGAACACUUUGAUCGGGCAGCUGCUAGAUGGUGGCUGUGUGCAUGAAGCAAGCAGAGUGUGCCAGUAUUUCCGUUUCUAUAGCCAGGAUCUAGUGCUGGUGUUGCACUGCAGAGCCUUGGCCUCCGCAGAGGCCAGCAUGGAAGACUUGCACUCAGAGAUCCGUGCCCUCCUCUCAAGUGCCGCACAGCCUGAGGACCUGGAGAGCCCGAGCGUCCCUCUUCGGAAAGCCCAUAGCUCUUCAAGUUUGGACAGUCAAUCAUUUGUGAUGGUACCACCCACUGAUGAGGUAGCCCAGAACCUCCACACUCUCAUAAGCAAGUGCCUCCAUGGGAAGAACUACUGCCGGCAGGUCCUCUGUCUGUAUGAACUUGCCAAGGAUUUGGGCUGUUCCUAUGGAGAUGUUGCUGCUAGAGACAGUGAAGCCAUGCUCCGAGCAAUCUUAGCUUCUCAGCGGCCUGACCGAUGUAGACAAGCCCAGGUCUUCAUCAACACCCAGGGCCUUGAACCAGACACUGUGGCUGAACUAGUGGCUGAAGAGGUGACACGGGAGCUACUGACUCCAUCAGAGGGAACAGGAGAAAAGCAACCUUUCAACCCAGCAGAGGAAAGCCAGACAUUUCUUCAGCUAACUGCUUUGUGUCAAGACCGUACAUUGGUGGGCAUGAAGUUGUUGGACAAGAUUCCCUCUGUCCCCCACGGGGAGCUGUCCUGCACCACAGAGCUCCUGAUCCUGGCCCACCACUGCUUUACCUUUACCUGCCACAUGGAAGGCAUCAUCAGAGUCCUGCAGGCCGCCCGCAUGCUCACAGAUAACCACUUGGCUCCCAACGAGGAGUACGGAUUAGUGGUCCGCCUCCUCACUGGCAUUGGGCGCUACAAUGAGAUGACGUACAUAUUUGACUUGCUGCAUCAAAAGCAUUAUUUCGAAGUUCUGAUGAGAAAGAAGCUAGACCCAACUGGCACCCUGAAGACAGCCCUACUAGACUACAUCAAACGUUGCCGCCCUGGAGACAGCGAAAAGCACAAUAUGAUUGCCCUGUGCUUCAGCAUGUGCCGGGAGAUAGGAGAGAAUCACGAGGCAGCAGCUUGCAUCCAACUGAAGCUGAUUGAGUCUCAGCCCUGGGAAGAAAGCCUCAAGAAUGGAGCCCAACUAAAACAGCUCCUGCUUAAAGCCCUGACUCUGAUGUUAGAUGCAGCAGAGAGUUAUGCCAAGGACUCCUGUGUUCGACAGGCCCUGCACUGUAACAGGCUCACCAAGUUGAUAACACUACAGAUUCACUUUCUCAACAGUGGCCAGAAUACAAUGCUUAUCAACUUGGGCCAUCAGAAGCUAAUGGACUGUAUCAUGACCCUACCUCGGUUCUACCAGGCUUCUAUUGUAGCUGAGGCCUAUGACUUUGUUCCUGACUGGGCUGAAGUACUCUACCAACAAGUGAUUCUUAAAGGAGACUUUAGUUAUUUGGAAGAAUUUAAGCAGCAGAAGUUACUAAGACCCAAUAUAUUUGAAGACAUUUCCAAAAAAUAUAAACAACACCAGCCUACCGACAGGGUCACAGAAAACCUGAAGAAGUUACUUUCAUAUUGUGAAGAUAUCUACCUGUAUUACAAGUUGGCAUAUGAACACAAAUUUUUUGAAAUUGUAAAUAUGCUUCUGAAGGACCCUCAGACGGGAUGCUGCCUUAAAGAUAUGCUCGCAGGUUAGAAGAUUGGAAAGGCGCCUGAUUGCUUGUUUGUACCUAUACAGCUCUAAGGGAUGUUCAAUCCUAAUAAAGUAUUUGGAGAUCUUUAUCCCCAUUUGAGUUGAAAAGCCCAGAAAUAUACCAUACUGCAUUAGUCGUUUGUGGCUGUAGGGAAUGGAGGAAAAAUUAGUAUUGAGAUCAGAAGUGCUUUGUUAGAGUGGCUUCUACAUCAGAGAAACAAUAGUGGUUAAAGAACGCCUGUACCUGCAGGUUCCAGUUUCAAAGCAAUUUAAUCUUAUUUACACAGUUAAGGAACAGGUGAUACAUUUUCAUGAGUUAGAAACUGAACUUUCUAUAAUAAAAUAGUUUUUAAUUCA